AUGGCAGCGGAGUCCGAGAGGUCGCCUUACCCAAAUGGUCGCUCUGGUGGAUCCAGAGUGGCCCAAAACGAUGAGGCUGCAUCAACUGCAUCCCGGCGGUCUGCCAGUGGGAGUGACAUGAAAGAACUGCCACGUUCAACCUUUAACCCUCAGACUUCAGCCACCAUCUCAUCUCAGUUGCCUAAAUUAUCACCUGGCUUCUCCGCUCCCCCUUCGGCCACGAAUUCGAAUUUCUCCUCCCGCGAAUCCUCUCCCGUUCGGUCCGUACAUCGCCCCAGCAACUCGACCUCAAAAUCCCGCGUCUCCUCUCGGUCACGCAAAGGCAGUCAAGAUCGCAGCCCCGUACGGUCCAAUCCGACCAGUCAGCCUACCGGGUCGGGUGCCCUUCCAUCCACGACUGCUGUACAAAAGGUGCUGCCCAAGCCUAUUGUGUUCAAUCCUCCCCCCAAUGUCGAACCGUCGGCCGAUGCACUCAGCCCGGAAAAGCCUACCAUGCCUCUAUGGGCCGCCUCUCGACGACCUGAGCAAGAGACCCAUCUUGCCAAUACCUCCAGCAAGCGAUCGAUCCUCCUUCCUGCCGAUGACCCUGCGGCGAAACCCGAUCGAAGCGCCCCCCGCGCUGUGAACAGAAAUAAUGGACCCGUUUCUGCCCUUGAGACCGUCCAGGAGAUGGCUAGUGACCAGUCGACUCCGUCCACGGAAACCAUUUUGAAUCAACCACCCCCGGAAGAGCCUCAGCUGCAGAUAAUCGACGAAGACCCGACCACCCCGAAAGGUCCCAAACCGAACAUUGAAAGUGGCAGCGAGAGCGGAGGGAAUAAAAGCUCGGAACACGUUGGGGAGAGCCGCCGACGUGCUUCUACGGGACCCCGAGGUUCCGAGACCAUCAUGCCGAAACGGUCAACCACCUCGCUCAGCGGUGCGCGCAACAAACCGGCGGAUGGAUCUGUUCGCAACAUGAUUGUCGAGACCGAGACGGUCAGCUCCAUUCCUCAGGUUUCUCUUGGCGUCGUGACGGGCGAUCGUGGGAGUUCCGGCCGUGUCGACACUGGGACUCUGCGCAUGAAACCCAGCACCGAAACGAUCCGCCCGAAAAAGGAAAAGAAAAGGGCCCGCAAGCCUGCCGCCCUCUCGAGCGGUGCUGCGUCUUCCAAGGCCGACAUCUUUGAAGCCAAGGUCGCCAGCGCCGUCGACGAGGCCGACGUAUCAGACUCGGAUGAAACCUUUGUCUACGAGUCCAACCCUCCGGAUCCGUAUCCUGUUCGACAAACUCGAUAUCACUCGCGUACCCCCAGUGCGACUUCUAUGGCCAGCCAGGUCGAUCAGUUAGCCGGCCGCAGCCGUGCUGCAGGCCUGCGCGACGGCAACCAUAGCGUGACGGGGAAGCGAAGCAUGAAAUUUACCAACAAUGCCUACGCUGGCAGCGCAGAUGGGGAUGCUGGUGAGGAAAGUGGUCGCAGCCACUCCAGGGUCGAUGCCAGCGGAUCACACACCCCUCGCCAUCAUCAUAUCGGACGCUAUGGACGCAACAAUAUCUAUCCAUCUCUCUUUGAUCAUGAGUCAUCGCCGUUUAUCCAACCUCACGGACAUGUUAAGUCACCUCGCCACUUUAUGGGGAGUGGGAUGCGGCAGACGCGCCACCCCAGCUCCCGCGGAGCUCCCAACUACCGCACUAUCUCCAACUCCAAGAAGGCGGGCGAAAUCUACGCCUACGAUUUUGACGCGGAAGGCGCCGACGAUGAACGGACUCCCCUGGUCGGGUCACCCCGUUUGGCGCGGAGCCGCCAUGGUAAUCGACGGCCUAACAGCGCGAGUCUGCGCCAGAUGGAGUACUUGCAGCAACGCCAGCGCAACUGCUUCUCGCGGUACGGUGCCUGCGUUGUCAUCGGUCUUUUGCUGUUGGCUAUCAUCGGAGGUGCCACCUCGUUUAUCGUGGCUAUCACCAAACCGCUUUUGGACGUUCAGGUCCUUGCCAUUCAAAACGUGCUCGCAUCGGAGCAGGAGAUCAUGCUAGACCUUAAUGUGCAAGCCGUGAACCCCAAUCUGUUUCCCGUGGCAAUCGACGACGUGGACAUCAAUAUCUUCGCCAAAAGCCGCUUUGUGGGUACUGACAAAUUCUGGCGUGAUCACGGCUCCGACACCAGUCACUUUCCGCGGGUCGGCGACAGCAAAAAACGAUCCGAACUGGCUCGCCUGGUACGUUGCUCAGGCGGCGGUGCAGCAGAUUGUGUAGUGAAUGAGACUCAAUCGAAUCAUCCAUUCAUGCAAUCUCGCGACGGUGUUGAUAAGGGAACGGAUCCUAUCCCAACUGAUCCCGCAGGUGAUCCCCAAACGAUGCUUCUCGGUCGUGUAUUCCGCUUUGAUUCUCCGUUGACGUUUGAAUCGUCGCCGUGGAAUCAUUCGCCGUCGAUCUCCCAAGGGCAAAUCCGUCUCGCUCGACCCGGAAACAAAACAGAAGAAGGCGGUACGGAACGAUGGGAGCGUGUUCUGCAGCAUCAGUUUGACCUGAUCGUUCGCGGCGUUGUCAAAUAUCAACUUCCCUUGAGCUCCCGACUCCACUCGGCUUCAGUCAGUUCCAGCGUUAACGUGACACCGGAUAGCAACGGCAAGGAACCGGACGAUGGCGAUAAUCCCAACCCUUCUCCUGGCGGGAAUGAGACAGUCAGUAUCUCUACAACGAGGCUGUAUCGUCGAGAUCUUCCGAAGCCUCGUCGACUCGACAUCCGACAAUCGGCGAUAGAGUCUGUACGGGCGCGACUUGGAAUGACCGGACGAGCUUUUAGGGCUUGA